UUGCAGCGCUGGUCUUUCACACGGUCCAUGCUGAGCGGGACUCACCCAGCUACUUGUCAACUUGUUCCACAGUUUCACUGCUCGUGGACACAGCGCGCGUAUCCACAACUUGUCCGCCGUCACAGCUGUUUACUAAUAACAAACUCUUGCCACCAUUUACUUGUGAACUUGGCCUGAAGUUGGCUGCAAAUAAGUAUCAUUUUUUGUGGAAAAAGUUGACUGAAAGAGGAAGUAUUUUUUUUGUUGCCAAACUACAAUACAGAGGACAUGGCAGCAGAGGUGAGCAUGGGUUUAGGCGUUGCGGCGAUGCAACUCGCAGAGGACCAGAUCAAAGUUUUGGAGGAGAACUUCACCAAAGUGACCAAGCAUCCAGACGAGACGACGCUCAUGUUGAUCGCGGCGGAGUGUGGCUUGUCCGAAGAGGACACAGCGAAGUGGUUCAGGCUACGCAACGCCCUGUGGAGGCAAGCGGAGGGGCUCCCGGCUGAACUGGGGUCAGUGAAGGACUGAGGAAAAAGGAGUUUGUGUCCCAAGAAAAGGAUCCCUAAUUCCCCCGUGCCUCCCUCAUCUCCUCGUACCCUCUCUCUCUGGGAAGCUUGUCUACUGGGCUUCGCUGCCAAGAAGCUGGCUACCUCUGACUCUCCAUCUCCUCCUCUCCCCCUCUCCGUUCCCCUUCCCCAUCCCUCCUGUUCUCCCAAAUUCCUUAUUUUAUAUCAGAGUCGACUAUGCUAAAUGUGAAGUGUACGUGAGUCACAUUUGUGUCUUGUGUUAUUUUAUUUUAGAUUUUUUGUGGAGCUAAUAUUACGUUUACAUAAAUAAUAAAAAAUUAUAUAUAUUCUGUCAUUACAUCUCUUGUUGCUUGUUUAGAGUUCCGCAUGGACA